AUGAAUGCCCCAAAGGCACUGCGCGCGCUGGUCCGGCGUGCGGCGACGUACGAGCGGCCAUUCAACACGCAGGACUCCCUCCUGCUGCUCAAGGCGCUGCACGCACUACGCUACCGCAGCAACGAUGUGCGUGGCGUCUGUGAGAAGUGCGCCUUCGCCAUCGCCUCUGCCCGCACCACAGUGCCGGUGGAACGCGCCGUCGACGCCCUUAACGCGUUGCUGUCGCUGCAAGCUGCUCCGCUCCCCAUUGUGCAUGACAAACUCAUGCAGCGCCUCUUGGAGGUGACGCCGCAGACGGUGUCCCCGCGCUCUGCGCAGAAGGCCGCCGUUGUUGUCAUGAAACUCGGCAGACGGUACGGCACGCCGCAAACAGCGGACCACAUCUUCGACGUACUCGCGCAGCUGGCCGCGGCGCACCCGGGUGAUGUGUCGCUGCAACUGGCGGUGGUGAGCGUGUUCCCGUACACCAGCAGCGCGGAGCGAGACAAGAGGGCAACGGCGCAGCCGGCAGAACGUGGUUUGGAGGACGCCCGGGUUCACGCGGUGCUCGCGGCGGCAGUGCACGUCGUGGACGCGCGCGCCCUCCACGCACUCCGCGGCAACAGCGCACUGCAGGCGCUCCACAUGCUGCCCAUCCUCUCGCGACAUGCCGUGUCGCGUGACGCGAAUAGACAUGAAAGUGGAGCUGGGGAUGCAGAAGCGUGGGAGCGAGUGGCACGAGCGUUCCGCGGUGAGCUUCAGCUCUCCAGUGUUGUCCCCGGUGGAUAUGCGCAGUUCUUGUAUGACUUUCUUCCGAGCUUUCGCACGGAUAGCGCGUCUGACGAUGUGGUGAGGGUGUUAGCGGUGGUCUACUGUGAUACCUUCCGUAAGGCACUCAACUCGUAUGAUGUGGCGAAGAUCGCCAUGGCGGUGAGCCACGCCCUCACGACGCGGCAGUUGCGACAGAUUCCGCAAGGCGGCGAGACGCCGCUGCAGCACACACUCGUGCGCGUCGUGGAAAGCCUCGUGGCGCAGCUGGAGUUCUUCCAUGGCACCUCCUGGGCGCUGCCUGGCGGCGGGGCGGUCGAUCAGGUGGCUGUCGGUGCGGUGUGGCGCGUCACGCAGAAGUGCGUGUGCGAGGUGCGGGCGGGGAGUGAGGUGCUGCAGAGGGACAUUGUGGCACGCCUCGUGCGGCUCACCAACAGUCUGGCGGCGAGGCUGCCGGGCGUGUGGUCGUGGGUGCUGUAUUCGAUGAGCAUGUGUGCGCGGACGGCGGUCUACACGGACGGCUUGGGCGAUUGCAUGGAGGCUGUUGUGAAGGAAUCCUUUUUAGUCCAACGCCCACGCACGGUGCCUGUGCGCACCUGCGUGCAGGCGCUUUACGCAAUGUCAGUCCUGAUGGUGCAGAGUGUGGAGGAGAAGGAGCUGAUGCGCCGCAGCCUGACUCCGGAGGCAGAGCGGCAGCGCAUUGACAGGCGUAUCGCACGUUGGGGUCCCGAGCAUCCCCUCAUUGCUGACAUGCUGCAUCGACUGCAGCAGUAUCGCUACAGAGAGUAUCCAGCGGACGAUGUCCCAAUGCUGCUGCAGGGACUCGCCAACCUUGCAGAGGCGACGGCGGAGCGGCAGCGGCAGCUGCCCCAGAGUGCGCUGCAGAUGAUGGAGAGUGUGCUGUACUACGUGCGGGGAAACCGCAACGCGGAGUGGUACCGCAGACACGCCAUCAGCACCAGCUGCACGCUGCUGGCCAUGGGGGAGUUCCUUCCGGAGAACUCGGAGCUGAAGGAAGCGACGAAGGAGUUCCUGUGCCAUGUGCAGGCGCACGGGUUGAUGGAGAUAGGCGCCCUCUGCCGAUUGAUGGAGUACGCAGUGGCGCUAAAGCGGAAGAGCGCACUUCCCUUGUGGACUCGGGAACAUAUUCUAGCCCUUGCAGUGGAGCACAUACNGUACGCAGUGGCGCUAAAGCGGAAGAGCGCACUUCCCUUGUGGACUCGGGAACAUAUUCUAGCCCUUGCAGUGGAGCACAUACCCCACGCCUCCACAGAGUGGAACGUGCCUGUCCAUCUCGUGUUGGACACCGUUGAGCUCGCCCACGAGCUUGGCGCAUCGCUCACAUUUGUGAAAUCCGUCAAAGAGGCAAGCGGCGUACCGGGCACGGCAAUGGUGCUGCUGGAUAUUGCCGCGUUGGUCGAGACAGGCGCACUGUCACCGGUGGACGCGGCGCACGCUCUGCGCCUCAUGAGCUACGAGGUGCAGAGCUUCGGGACGCUGCGAGUGCGGGAGGGGAACAUUGCGCAACUGCGCCGCAUCGCCGUUGGUGACGGGACGCCGGCGGCGAUGCGUGUGCAGACGCUACUGCACCUGCUGCGGGCAAAUGCCAGCAUGCAUGCGUCAAGGGCACUCUUUGAUGAGGCGAGUCUGGUGGCUAUCAUGGGUGCGGUGUGUCACCAAUUGACGGGGCCCCAGGAGCAGGGCAAUAGCAGCAGGAUUGUACACGCUCUCCUGUCGUCGCAGGUCUUGCUGCGGCUGAAGCGCUCCCUGCAGAGCUACGAGGGCCUUGCAGAGGCAGUCAACAGCGUGUUGGAUGGCCUGGAGGCUUCAAAGGCGGAGAAAGCAGAAACGCUGUUUCAACUGCGACUGAUGUGCGGCAGCUGA